AUGAUUGCAGCUUCGGCGCGUUCGGCCUCAGCAAAGGUGGCAGCAGGUGCCUCGGUCGCCAUGAUCGCGGCCACCUCGUCGGUCCUCCUAUCCAAGCCGAUCUACAACGAGGAGGCCAGCUCGAGCGGCGCUUCCAAGCUCUCGAUCUACCCGCAACCCGAUCCGAAAGUCGAGAUCGUCCCUGUCCAGACCGAACUCGAGCGUCAGAUCGGCUCUGCACGUCGUUCCCUCACCCACCUCACGUCCGACACGCGCUCCACGCUGCGCAGUCUGGUCGAUCGCUGGAUCUCCAUUGAGCGCUCGGUCGAGGGUGAGGUCAAAACGCUCAUCCCAACCUCGGAACCUCUCACCCCCGGUCUUCUCUAUGUCGGCGUGGCCACGUUGGCAGGCUCCAUCUUUACCCGCUAUCGCGCUUUCCCCAUCCGAAUCCUCACCCCGCCCCUUGCGCUGUUGGUCAGUCUGAACCACUUCAACCCGCAACUCGCCUCGAACCUCGGGUCGUACUACGAAGGGUUGGAGAAGAGGUACGUCCCAGCCCUGACGGAACAGAGGCGGAAAUGGACCAGCAAAGGCGAGGGUUACGUCAAGGAGGCCACAAGGGGAAUUCACGAGUUGAAGGAUAAGACCGAACAGGGGGUCAGGAGCGGUUUGCAGACGGUCGAGCAGCAAACCGGGUUGAAGGUCGCCGAUGUCGUUCAGGCCAAGGACCAGGCCAAGGUGGCGAUCAAGGACCAGAUGAAGGCUGUAUAG